AUGGUCAAAGCUGUUGCUGUUUUAAGAGGUGACUCUAAAGUUUCCGGUGUUGUUAACUUUGUUCAAGAAAAAGAAUCUGAUCCAACCACUAUUUCUUGGGAAAUUUCCGGUAAUGAUCCUCACGCUUUAAGAGGUUUCCAUAUCCAUACUUUUGGUGACAACACCAAUGGAUGUACUUCUGCUGGUCCUCAUUUCAACCCAUUCACCAAAACCCAUGGUGCUCCAGAAGAUGACGAAAGACAUGUUGGUGAUUUAGGUAAUAUCACCACUGAUUCUGCCGGUGUUGCUAAAGGUACCAAACAAGAUUUAUUAGUUAAAUUAUUAGGUCCAAACUCUAUCUUAGGUAGAACCGUUGUUGUCCAUGAAGGUACUGAUGAUUACGGUAAAGGUGGUCAUGAUGAUUCCAAAACUACUGGUCAUGCCGGUGGUAGACCAGCUUGUGGUGUUAUUGGUAUUUCCAAUUAA